AUGACCGACAGACCAAACCCCCGCAAAAGGGUAUCGCUCGCCUGCGAGCAGUGCCGCGCCAAACGAACACGAGUAGGCUCGACUGUCAUGCCGGCUUCCGAGGCUGAUGCUGAUGCUGAUAACAGUGUGACGGAGGACAGCCCAAAUGUGGCUCAUGUCUGCAGAAGAACAGUCCCUGCCAAUACCCCCGCGGCGAAAAUAAACGAAAGCACGUCUCCUGGCGAAUUGUUUCUCACUCUUGCUAACUCCGAUAGACCCCCCAGCAAACGCUAUGUGCAGUCGCUGCAGGCCCAUAUCGCUGUCUUGGAGAGGCAGCUCGUCGAACUUGGGGGAAAGGUCUCGCGCUUAGAAACUGGACGGGAAAAUGCCGCUACAGCUGAUGGUGAACCUAAUUCCCCUCCCAAUAACCUCGUAGAGACCAAGAGCUCCGACCUGCGAGACCCCAUCGAGGAACUAACCCAGCGCGCGGGGAGACUAAACAUCGGCGAGGACGGACAGCUGCGAUACUUUGGAGCCCAGAGCAACUACCACCUCCUCCACGGCCCUAUAUACAACGAGACCACUCGACCCAUCCAAGAGUUCCAGGAGAUCGGACUGGCAACGGCAGGUCUACUAUGCAGGGCAGUGGAUGUGCCACAGGGGUUGCAAGACCACUUGCUGGGCCUGUAUUGGCGAUGGCAGAAUCCCUGGCUCUAUAUGAUUCAUAAAGGGUCAUUCAUGUCUGACUAUCGAAACGGCGGCAGGGGCAAGUUCUGCUCGCCGGUGCUCCUGUUUGCCAUAUUCGCGCUGUCGUCGCGAUACUCGGAUCGCGUUGAGGUCCGUUCAGACCCUGAGGAUCCUCAUUCCGCUGGAAAUCGGUUCGCAGAGCAGGCGAAGAUCCUGCUUCAGCAUGAGUGUGAGGCGCCCACCACGACGACAGUGCAAGCGGCGAGUCUGCUCUCGUUGCGAUGGAUGUCGGAGAAUAAGGAGUCCCUGGGAUGGCUGUAUAUAGGAAUGGCGACAAGGAUGGCGUACAAUUUGGGCCUCAAUCUAGAUUGUGCUUCCUGGGUUGCGGCUGGAAUGAUUUCAGAGCAGGACGCCGAAGUCAGGAGAAUCACUUGGUGGGGAUGCUACAAGCUGGAUAAGCUUUACUGUAUUGGACUGGGCCGGCCUGGAACUACGAGGCUGUCUGAUAUUACAUGCCAGAAGCCAAAGCUUGAACCAGAAGUCGAGUUCGAACCAUGGCUUCCUGAAGGAAAACAGGAUGAUUCUAUGCUUGGUGCACAUACGCGGACGAUAACUGCGAUGAGAUACUCCUGCGACCAUCUCAGCAUGAUAUCAGAAGCCCUAGAGACAAUAUACGCCCCCGGACACCGCGUCAGCGAGCCAGAGGCUGAGAAGAUUGUUGCGCGGGCAGACGUGGCAUUUAAUACUUUCUACAACUCCCUUCCAAGCCACCUGCGUUUGCCCUCGUCACCCAGGACACCCUCUUGCCCGCAUAUCUACCAGCUGCACAUUCAAUUCCACGUCCUGCAAAUCCAACUCCAUCGCCCACUCAUCCGCCACCGCCACGUACCGUCACAGGAAGUAGAAGAAGCCGACACCCACCUCGAAGCAUGUCGUAAAUCAGCAACAACCAUAUCCCGAAUCUUGAAGACAUACCAAGUCCACUAUACCCUGCGCCUCACACCCGUCGUCACAGUGGUAAACACAUUCAGCGCCGCCGUAAUCCACCUCAUGGGCGCUGCAUCGCCAGACGAAGAGAUUCGGCGAUCGGCCCAGCGGUGUCUGCGCAUUUGCAUCCUCGCCCUGGAGCAAAUGGCCCUAGCCUGGAUGUGGAGUCGGCGGGCCCUGCGCGCGGUUAGGCUUUUGGCGAGGGAGUGGCUUAUUACUGAUCCUACACUAUUAUCAUCGAGGGAGCACGAGGAUGAUGGGAAUGGGAACGGAGAUGGGAAUAUGCGAUCUCAAACGCCGUCGAAGGAGAUUGAGGAUACGAGCAUGUCUGCGUGUAAUGGUGCGCCGCCGACGCCGUCACUGCAGCCACUAGAGCCAGCACCGCAGUAUUGGACACUUGGGGGCAGUACAGAUACUGGACUCGAUAUGCCAUUUCAAGGAGCCUCGGGUGUACAACCACGAGAUCUUUCCUUCUGUGACUUCGGCGACUUUAGUGACCCUACUUAUCUAGGCCUCGACCUCAACGACACCGACUGGCUAGCAAGCUUGAAUGCAGUAGAGGGACUAGGUGGUGGAUUUGAUAGUAGCGCACAGGCGGACCCGUGGGUCACAAGUGCUCUUUCUCAAUACCCCUUUCAGGACCAGUGGGUUGGGAUUCCCGAGGCAUUGUGGCCAGUCCAGGAUGGGGUUUAG